AUGGAGAAGGAGAUUGAAAUGACAAAAUGGGAAGAGGAGAAAGAAGAGGAGAAAAACCUCACACGGUCAAUUUAUGUCAAUAUGGAACAAAGCACAAAACAACAUGUUAAAAAGAAUUAUGCACCAAGUAGAGGAUAUGGGAAAAUAGGGAUAAUUAUAAAGAUUUGUAUUGAAGAAACAACAAGAAUUAGUUUUAUUUACUUUUUACUUAUUAGUAUUAUUGAAGGAGUAAUAGACAAAGAGAAAGAAGGAACAACACUUGCACCACUCAUUGUUUUAAUUACAGUGACAUGUAUAAAAGAAUGGAUUGAAGAAUAUGGAAGAAUUAAAAAGGAAGAAGAAGAAAUUAAAGAAAAAGUGGUAAUAAUAAAAGGAGAAAGCCGAAGAAGAAUAAGAAUCAAAGACAUUAAAGAAGGGGAUAUGAUUGAAUUAGAUGAGAAUGAAACAGUUCCAUGUGAUUGUAUUAUUCUUCAAGGGAAAGUAAGUAUUGAAACAACAGAAACUAAUGGAAGAAAUGAAUUAGAAAAGAAAGAAGGGAUUAAAAUAAUACAAAGAAUGACUGAAGAAGAAAUGAGAAAAGAAGAAAUGAGUUUUUAUAUUGAAGAACCGAAAGAAAAAGAAGAAGAAUUUGAAGGGAAAGUUCAUAUAGGAAAAGAAGAAGAAAAAGUUGGAAUAAAAAACUUUAUAAGGAAAGGUAGUAUUAUAAGAAGUGAAGGAAGGAUUAUUGUUUUAGCAUGUUAUAUUGGGAAAGAAACAAAAUCAGUGAUGAGAAAAGAAAAAAGAAGAAAGAAACGAAGUUAUAUUGAUAAUAUGAAAGAAUAUUAUAUAAUGAUAAUGAUAAUUAUUUGUCUUAUUAUGGGAAUUAUUUCAAGUGAGUUAUAUAAAAGAUGGGGUGAAGAAAAAGGAGGAUGGUAUAUUAAUUAUGCAACAAAAACAAGAUGGAGAAUAUUUUUAGAAAGAAUCUAUGAAUAUAGUGGUAUUAUUCCCAUAUCAGUGAUUAUUACAAUAGAAAUAGCAAGAAGUCUUCAAAAAAGAAAUAUUGAAAUAGACGAAGAUAUGAAAAACAAGAAAGGAAAAGUAAAAGGGAAAAAUUCAGGAUUAAAUGAAGAACUUGGAAGAGUAAGUCAUAUUCUAACUGAUAAAACAGGGACAUUAACAAGUAAAUAUUUUGUAUUUACAAAAUGUUCAAUAGGAGGAAAAAUAUAUGGGAAAAAAGAAUAUGAAGAAAGUGAAGAAGAAGAAGAACUUGGAUUAAUUGAAAGAAAAGAAAGAAAAGAAGAAGAAAUUAACAUAGUAGAAAUAGACACAAAAGAGAUUAUAGAAGACUAUCAAAGAAAAGGAAAACAAGGAAAAAUUAUAGAAGAAUUUUUUAAAGCAUUAAUAAUAUGUCAAACAGUAGAAGUUAAACAAGACGACGAAGAAAUUGAAUAUUUUAGUGAAACAAAAGAAGAGUUAGCAAUAGUUGCAGGAAGUAAAGAAUGUGGGUUUGAACUAAUUGAAAGUAGUGAAGAAAGUAUUUCGAUUAACAUUAAAGAGAAACAAAUUGGGUAUAGAAUAUUAAAGAGAUAUGAAGGAGAAGAAGGGAAGAAAAGUGUAAUAGUGUAUGAUGGGAAAGAGGUUAGUUUAUAUUGUAAAGGAAGAGAAAAAAGUAUGAGUGAACGACUCAAAAUGAAAGCUAUUAAUGGGAAGAUAUUAAAACAAAAUGAAGAAUUUAAUGAAGAAGGAUAUUUAACGAUGAUUAUAGGAAUGAAAAAGAUGAGAGUAGAAGAAUAUAUUGAAUGGGUAGAAAAAGGAGAAAAAGAGGAAGAAAUAGAAAAAGAUUUAAUGUUAAUUGGCGUUACAUGUGUUGAAGAAGAAUUAGAGAAAGGAGUAAAAGAAAGUAUUAAAAAAUUUCAAGAAGCAGGAAUUAAAGUAUGGAUGGUUACAGGAGAUAAAAGAGAAAGAGCAAUAAAUGUUGGGAAGUCUAGUGGAAUAAUCAAUAAAGAAAGAAUAACAACUAAUAUUAAAAUAAGAAAUGAAGAAGAAAGUGAAAAACAAAUAGAAAAAGAAUAUCAAAUAAGAAAAAGAAAUAAAAAAGAAAGAGGAAAUAAUUUGAUUAUUGAUGGAGAAUCAAUAGAAUAUUGUUUAAAAGAAAAGAAUAAAAAGAAGAUUCAAAAAAUAAUAGAAUAUAGUGAAAAUGCUAUAUUUUGUGAAUGUACAAGAAAACAAAAAGGAGAAAUAGUCAAAAUAAUUCAAGAAGGAGAAAAUAACAGUGUAUUAGCUGUUGGAGAUUCAAUAAAUGAUAUAGAUAUGAUUAAUAAAGCAAAUAUUGGAGUUGGAAUAAUAAAAGACAAAGAAGAAGAAACAGAAGCAACAAAAAUAGCGGAUUAUUCAAUACCAGAAUUUAGAUUUUUAGUUAAAUUAAUAUUAGUUCAUGGAAGAUAUUGUUAUAGACAAAUAGGAAUUACAUUAUUUUAUUUAAUAUAUAAAAAUGUUAUUCUUCUAAUGUGUGAAUUUAUAUAUAAUAUGUUUUGUGGAAAUUCAAGAAUAACAAUAAUUCCAAAAAGUGUUAAAAUAGAAUAUAAUAGUUUAUUUACAUCAUUACCAAUAUUAAUAUUUUCAAUUUUUGAUAGAGAUGUUCCACCAUAUAUAAUUUAUAAAUAUCCAAAAUUAUAUAAAAAUAAAGAUUAUAUUUCAUCUAUUUCAUUUUGUUGGUGGUUACUUAAUGGAAUUUUAUCAUCAAUUACUAUAUUUUUUAUAUCUUAUGUAGUAAUGUAUAAUGAAUCAAUAUUGAUUGAUGGUAAAGUUGUUAAUUAUGAUGGAUUUACUUUUACUAUUUUUGUAUCUAUCUUUAUUGUUGUUACUUUAAAAGUAUUUUUUAUUACAAAACGGUAUACUGUUCUUAAUUUUAUUGGUUUAGGCUUUUCUAUUAUUUUAUUUAUUGGAUUAUUAUUACUUCAACAAGAAUUUCCAUUUUUUGAUAAUUGGGUUUGGUAUAGAGUCUUUAUCCAAAUGCUUCAAACACCUGUUUUCUAUGCUUUAGUAUUACUCAUUCCUUUAAUUUUAUUCUCAAAAGACUUUCUUUGGAGACAUCUUAAAAGAAAAUUUAUCCCUUCACCUAAUCAUAUUACUGAAGAAAUCGCUUAUAAAAAUAUGUCUAAGACUUAUAAUACAAUAAAGUCUCUUCAUGAACGUGAUCUUUUCUUUCAAACAUCAUGGCAUCUUCCUCAAAAUCAACAUGAUUAUCUUGACUUUUCUGACUCUGAAUCAGAUUCCGUUGACCUUGAUCAUCAAAAUGAACUUGAAUUAACAAAAUACUAA